UCAUGUAUACAUAGUCAAGCGGUAGAAGCAAGUAAUGGUUUUGCAUUAUAAUUAUCGACAUUGUUAUAAAUGCGUCGAGAAUGCGCCGUGGAGUCCAUUAGUGCAGCAUAUUGGUGCGCCAGUGUUUACGUUCGUAAUAGAAACAUGGGGUUACAAGGGUACUCGAACAUAUAUAUGCUGAUCUUGCUAUUGAAUGCAAUCGCUAUAAUCAAUGCUCAGUCUGUGCCGAAAGGACAUAGCGGAGAGAAUACCAGCGGUCAUAAGCAUAACGAUAGUCAUGAUAGUAGUGUCAGCACUGGCGAUGAUAAGAACAAGAGUAAUAUCAGUAGUAACACUGGCCAUAAUAAGAGCAAAAGUGAUACCACCAGUAGUAGCAUUAGCGAUGAUGAGGACAUAAGUGAUACCAGUAGUAGCGAUGACGAUAAUAAAAGUGAUAUUAGUGACAACACCAGCAAUGAAAAUGGCAAAAAUGAUACUAUUACAGGGAAAGAUAUCGAACACGAUAUUAUCAUUAUAACAGGAUGUAUCAUGCGUACAAGGAUCAUAGGAACUCUUAUAAUGCAUAUUACUCAGCUCACUAACGUGGUUUUUGUUUUUUUGCCCAGCUUAAGAAUUCCAGUUAUAAAUUAUUUCAAUAAUGUUUGUGCAUUUGUAAUUAAUUUGCUGAUACAAUUCAACGGUAUGUUACAAGUAAUCGUAGAACUUUUGAUGCCACUUUUAAUUUAAGCGCAAUAUUCACAUAAAGAUUUAAGCUUCAAAAUAAUUUAAACUCGUCGAAUUAUCCAUCGGAACGUGCAAAAAUUAAACAGUCGAGAUAAGUAAAUAUUCACUUAUAUUCAACAGCGUUAUAUUUUAAGUAUAUUAACACAGUAUGAAAUGAAUUAAUUAUAACGAUAAAAGAUCUGAUGGCAAAUAUAGACGAUGCGUAAAUUAUAAUAUUAAAAAAAUUUAUUUCCCGAAGUAUUAAAUGUACAAUUAAAAAAAAAUAUAUAUUUUUAAGCGCGACAAUUUAUUUGCUACAAAAUAUAUGGAAUCACGAUUAUACGGAAGCUCGGCAGUAGUAAUAGAACUAUUUGGUCAGACAGCACGUAAGUCCUUGCAUUCAGGCACUAAAAAAAUCGUUAUAGUCAGCUAUAUAGAAUAGAUCUCUGUGGUGAGACAAGGGAAAAUUCCUUCCUCUGUCGAUGAAUUCAUCGAAUUCGGCGCAAAAUAGAGCAAUGUAAAUUUGGUUGAGUCAUGUAAAUGUAUUAUUCAUCAAAAGUAUCAGCGAAAACCGAGCUUACUAUUUAAGGUGAUCGCGCGUGAAUCCGAAUAUCACUUAUUUCAAUUUAAAAUUACUAGUAUUUUCUGUAGUAAAACAUGUAUGUACUUUUUAUGUACUUGUAUCUGCAUUUUUGUCCAAUAUAUUGAUGCUUUAUGUUAUAUGUCACAGCUGCACUUUUAAUAAAAAUGUUCCGCAAUUAAAGA